UUAGAGCAGAUGAAGAAAAUGAAUGAGAACAUACUGAACAUAAACGAGCCUGUGGACCUCGAAGACGAACUCUCGUCUAACGAUGGCAACGAUGCCAACGAGUCACUUGAAACGCGAGUGGCGAAAUUGACCGCCGACUCGAACAAGGAGCCAAACAUUCUUGCUGAUAUAGCGCGGGACUUAGAUGCCAGUGAAAAAACUGGCCCAGCUGCCAGCGACGAUCUGGCUGGAAUUGUAAAUUCUCUACUAAAAGAGAAGCUACCGGAGGAGAAAAUUCAACAGAAAGUUGAUAUGUACCCUCGACCUCAAAACGUGACUGGCUUGAGGACCCCACAUGUGAAUCCCCUAAUCUGGGGCCAAAUAUCAGCUCCAUCCAAGACUAACGACUCCAAGACACAAAAAUCGCAGAAUGCUAUUGUAGCAGGCGUUGUGGCAAUGAUCAAAGCCACAGACACAAUCCUAAAAUCCGAACUAAAGGAUAAUAAGGAGUUGAUAAAGUUAAUGACCGACGCCAUGGCGCUCACGCUCCAAGGUCAUCACGACUUGAAUACCGCUCGCCGAAAGGCGAUGAAAAACGAUCUUAACAAAGAUUACGCUGCGUUGUGCAGUAGCUCACCAAUGGAUCAAGCGUCAGAAUAUCUCUUCGGAGAUUUGUCGAAGUUAGCUAGACAUAACGGAUGCUAACAGACUCACAAAGAAAGUCCGCCCUUAUUCCUCAUCAACGCAGUCAAAUUACAACAAGCGCGAUAA